CUUGGACGAAUCAUACUUAUAGUUUCGCGUGUUCCCCAUUAUCAAAAAAUUCUUUACAGCGAAUCAACGAUGAAUUUCAAUUUCGGAAUAAAAUCCAAGGUCACCUUGUUACCAGUUUUUGUCGCAUUUUAUUCAACAAUUCAAUUAAUCGAGGCUGGACUACCAAAUGAAGAUCUUUGGAAGACUGUCCCAUGUAUAAGAAAAUUUUUCGGAGAUGAAUUCGUACAAGAACUUUAUCGAAAUGAACUAAACCCUUUAACCAAUGGAGAAUACCUCGCAGCUUUCUGCAACGACUUCGCUCCAGAAAAGAUCGACGAAACCGUUAAAGAAAAAGCAGGAGGAAAUUACGAAGGAGGAGCCAUCGAGGAAUGCUUACAAAAUGAGUACAGUGCACAUUUAUUCCAUGACUACGCCGAAAUGGGCAAGGGUUUUGCGCAAUUAGAAGCUGAAAAACUCGUAGGAGAAGGCCAGUCAGUAAAAUCUAAACUUUUUUCCAAAGCAAAAUCUGCACAUUUAGAUUCAGAGUCAGCAGAUACUCCAAUUCAUUACUUUUUGGACGGAGUCUGCCAUUCUGAAAAAAAAGUUGUAUCGUUUGAUUCAUUGACGGAUGCUAACGACAAAGCAGUAAUUUUAGAAUGCUUCACACAAUGUACCGGUAAUUUAAUACAAAGGAUUCGAACACUUUUGACCGCUGGAAAAGAAGAAGCCGUACAAGUAAUAGAGGUUAACAAAAAAGAAAUUAGUAAGCCAUCAAGCACUAUACCAAUAGAGGAAGAACUGAAAUUAAAAGAUGAAUGUGAAACUCGAAAAAAAAAUUUAGAAGAAGUUGCCAAACUGUCAGAAGAAUAUACUAAAGAAAAGUUUGAUUCGGAUCGAAGAAUUCCUUCGGUGUCAAAAAGUACAACCAUAACACACGUUGGAAAAGAAUACUUGAUCAAGUUGGGUGGACUUUACGAUAGCCUGACGGAGUAUUUAACAGCAGAAGUUGAAAAGGAAGAUUCGAUUCUAGGGAAUCUUGAUAAUAAGUUAGGUGGUGUAUUUUACGUGUACCAAAACUACUGUUCAGAACAGGGUUGUGGCGUGACUCGCGAUAGUGUUCCAUUAUACGAUGAUAUCCAGUCGGAUGCCAGAGAUAAUGAAUCGACAAUCGUUAAUACCGUUAAUACUUGGAAAGGAAAAGUAUACGAAUGGAUAAGAUUACGUCCACGUAACUGGAAAAGAUUCUGCAAAGCGCUUAUAAGACCACUAUCCACCGACUCGAAAACUAAUAUUAAAACGAACUAAUGAUUCAAAACCAAUGUAAAUAUUAUAAUUAUUCGAAAUUAGAUAUUAUUUCAUUCAGUUCAAUGACAGUUUUUUAAAAUUUAGUUUUUGAUUUUAAAUAUUAUGAUUAAUCAGUGUAUCCUAGUCUAGAAUAAUUGAAUAAUUUUUUUUUAUUAUUAAAUAAUUACAUAGGUAAGGUGAAUUUUAGUUUCUUUGAUGGUCAAGUGAAUACAAACUUGCAAAUUAAAAUAUGUACGUAGAUAUGUACCAGGGUAAUUCUCAAAAAAAGGUAAAAAUCGUGUACAUGGCAAAUUUCUCAAAGGUUUUAGUAUGAAAUUUUUUAUCUUUUUUUUGGUCCAUUCAAGGAUCAUCCCCCACACAUUUCACAUAUGGUAUUGAGAUUUUUAGCCCCUCCUUUCAUUGGUGUACAUUCGAUUUUAUACCUACCCCAAAUGUCCUUCGACUUGGCUGUCACACGCCAUGUUUUUGAAAAUGAAUGUUAUAAAGUGUCAUGAACUUCAUUUUUUUGGGGAAAAAUUGACACAUACUCAUUAUCAUAGAACACGAAGGUCCAUUAUUGUGCAAAUUGCAAUUGGAAUAAGUCCAUAGGAAGCUCACAUUUCACAUUUGAAAACUGUCACACACUUUUUGCGCAAAUUUUAGAGCAAUUUUCAAUUAUUUUUGGUAGCUUCCCAAUCCAACAUUUUUUUCUGGCGAGUGGCUGCACUGGUUCACUGUCUUCAUAAAAAUGUUACCCCGCAAUGUUAUUUUCAAAACCUACGCAAUGGCUCGUUCUGAUCGUACUUGUCUCUGAAAAUAUGAUAUUUCGCAAAAUCGGUGUCCUUCGGCUUGCCUUUUUAUUUACCCUGAUGAACCCGCCAAAAACAAUAAUUGAGAAAGGGAAGUUAUUCUACAUGAUAAGUACACAUUUAUUACGUGUUAAAAAUCGAAUAAUGUCCAGUAGGUAAGGCUAGAAACGAAAAAACGUUGAGAUUGUCCUUCGGCUUGUCCAGCGCCCAUUUGUCCUUCGACUUGGCCAAAUUUCAGACAGCUGUACUUUUAUCGCGCCAGUCGACAUAUUACACGAUAAAACAAGCAAAAUUUGACAUUUUCUCCCUCCCCACACCUCACCUCUACCCCUACCAUAAAAAUAAGUCCAGAUUCGAACUUUGCGGCCUGAAAAACAUGAAUCGACACAUUACACGAUAAUAUAAGCAAAAUUUGACAUUUUCCCCCUCCCCACGCCUCACCCUCCACCUCUACAUAAAAAAUAACUCCAGAUUCGAAUUCUACGACCUCGAAAACAUAUCAAUAAUCGACAUAUUACACAUCGAUGAGGGUCGAAUCCUAAUUAUCGCUGUUUUAGGGGGGCCGGGGUCCACAGUGGGGGGAAUUGAAUUGAGGCCAACACUAGAACAGGGAUCUGGGACACCUAUACAAAUGAUUCCCACUUGAAAUUUUCCAAAAAAAUGAUUUUUAUUUUUCAAAAUUAUGCACAUCAAAAUUGACCUUUUUUUUUGAGAAUUACCCACCAACAAUUAAAAUUAUCAUUACCGAUGACGAGCACAAAAAAAAGUUCACAAAGUGACACACUGGCUGAAGUGGUGCUCUUACAUAAAUUUUAGUCACUUAAAAAAAACAACAACAAUUUUUCUGAAUUCGUUUGAAUGUGGUUAUUCAGUGUAGAAAAUAACUGAUUUUAAACCGCUUAGAAAAAAAAUUUCAUUCUGAAUCUAAAUACAUUUCAAGACGACGAACUUGGCUUUAUUAGUGCAGAUUUUCGUAAUGAAAAUGAGAAAAGCACGAUUUUCACAAUUUCUUACAGAAUAUUUAUAU